UUCAAAUUAGUUGAAAAGAAGCCUUCGAUUAUACGUUGAAAAUAAACCCUCUCCAUACUGGGGAAGAGCUAUAUUCAUUAGUGUUCAAAGCCAUUUUCUGACGCUUCAGAGUUAAAUAAACACAUGGCAGUUCGCACUGAAGAAAAGCCUCUUUCGUGUGACUAUUGUUCAAAGGAGUUUUCUGCGGGUUCAAGUUUAAUGAGACAUUUAAGACUCCAUACUGGCGAAAAGCCAUAUUCGUGCGACUAUUGUUCAAAGACAUUUUCUGACGCUUCAAAUUUAAAGAAACACUUGAGAGUUCACACUGACGAAAAGCCGCAUUCAUGUGAUUUUUGUUCAAAGAAAUUUCCUACGGGUUCAAGCUUAAAGAGACAUUUAAGAGUCCAUACUGGCGAAAAGCCAUAUUCGUGCGACUAUUGUUCAAAGACAUUUUCUGACGGUUCAGAUUUUAGGAAACACAUGAGAGUUCACACUGACAAAAAGCCACUUUCGUGUGACUAUUGUUCUAAGGAAUUUCCUACGGGUUCAAGCUUAAAGAGACAUUUAAGAGUCCAUACUGGCGAAAAGCCAUAUUCGUGCGACUAUUGUUCAAAGACAUUUUCUAAUGCUUCAAAUUUAAACAAACACUUGAGAAAUCACACUGACGAAAAGCCGCAUUCAUGUGAUUAUUGUUCAAAGAAAUUUCCUACGGGUUCAAGCUUAAAGAGACAUUUAAGAGUCCAUACUGGCGAAAAGCCAUAUUCGUGCGACUAUUGUUCAAAGACAUUUUCUGACAGUUCAGGUUUAAGGAAACACAUGACAGUUCACACUGACAAAAAGCCGCUUUCGUGUGACUAUUGUUCAAAGGAAUUUUCUUCCGGUUCAAGCAUGAAGAGACAUUUGAGACUCCAUUGUGACAGAAAGACAUAUUCAUGCGACUAUUGUUCAAACACAUUUUCUAACGCUUCAGAUUUUAGGAAACACAUGAGAGUUCACAGUGACAAAAAGCCACAUUUGUGUGACUGUUGUUCAAAGGCAUUUUCUACGGGUUCGAGUUUAAUGAAACAUUUAAGACUCCAUACUGGCGAAAAGCCAUAUUCGUGCGACUAUUGUUCAAACACAUUUUCUAACGCUUCAGAUUUUAGGAAACACACGAGAGUUCACAGUGAAAAAAAGCCGCAUUUGUGUGACUGUUGUUCAAAAGCUUUUUCUACGGGUUGGAGUUUAAUGAGACAUUUAAGACUCCACACUGGCGAAAAGCCAUAUUCGUGUGACUAUUGUUCAAAAACAUUUUCUGACGCUUCAAAUUUAAAGAAACACAUGGCAGUUCACAUGGCCGAAAAGCUGCAUACGUGUAACUAUUGUUCAAACACAUUUUCUAACGCUUCAGAUUUUAGGAAACACACGAGAGUUUACUGUGACAAAAAGCCACAUUUGUGUGACUAUUGUUCAAAGGCAUUUUCUUCGGGUUCGAGUUUAAUGAGACAUUUAAGAAUCCAUACUGGCGAAAAUCCAUAUUCGUGCGACUAUUGUUCAAAGACAUUUUCUGACGCUUCAAAUUUAAAGAAACACUUGAGAGUUCACAUGGUCAAAAAGCUGCAUUCGUCGUAUAAUUAUCCCUAA